UGGUGCAAUCGGGUCUUUAUAUAUGACUAACGAAGGUGUUCUGAAGAGUCUAAUUCCCUCAUCCCAGUCCCUCUGAAUCGAUAACCCCUGACCUCUUGACCCUCGCUACCCUCGCCCUCCGAAAACAUCAACACCAAACUCAAAAUGGGGGGCGUGACGUUCCCACCCUGGUCAGUCUUGGCCGAUACAUGUGUGGCCCUCGUACUACUCGGACUUUUCACUUCCUUUCUCCGCUUCGCCAUCCCUUGGAUCAAAAACAAACGAGGAGGGUAUAUCAGAUUGUCAAACGAGUAUAAUCCUGAGACAAAGAAGGAAGCUUUCGAGAAGACGCUCAAGGAACAUGUACAGAGAGAGGCGAUCGAAGACGGAGAGCCGAUAGACGUUGCCGCUUUUUGGAGACGGGUCCUUGUUCCCAGGAUCCUUGUCCUCAUAGCAACUCUCGCAAAUGUAACCAUCUUGGUUGUCCAAGUUGUGAAAACCCCAUCGCAUUCCCGAGAGCACUGGCUUUUCCUCGCGACACACGUCACAGUGGCUGUGGCUGACCUCUACAUUGUCAUACUUGCAGUCCACUAUACCUUCACCCGCAGCAUUACUAAGCACUACAGGCUGACAGUGCAUAUCUGCACCGUGACAGCCAUCCUUCUUCUUCAUUGGUUCUUCCAGACUUUGGGUCAGUAUCUCUGGCUCGGUGUUACCGUUCGCAUCCCUUGGACAGGGUACACAUCCUUGUGCCUCGUCCUCCUGCAGCUGCUCUUGGUUGGAAACAUCCCUCUCCAGCCUAUGCUAUGGGUAGACAUGACGAGUCUCUACACCAAAGCUGUCCGGACCAAGCUGGAAGAAAGUCAAUCUAUGGAGCAUGGCGCCAACACAAUCGAGGAGAUAUCAAGCUCGGUUUUCGGAUGGCUCCUAUACACUUAUAUCUACCCCAUGAUCAUCAAAACCGCACACAUGGAGCAGGUUGAUAUUCAAGACCUUCCUGCUCCAUGUGCCGAGCUGCGAACUCAGAACAUGUACCACGAUUUCAUGGGUCCCCGAGCUUCAGACCAAGUCAAAUGGAAAAAUCACCCUACUCUUUCGCUCCUGUGGAAUGUUUGGUACCCUCAAAGACGGGCUGUUGUUGAUGCGCUCUGCCUGAUGAUCGCUCUGUGUCCCCUGUGGUACCUUCCUCAUAUCUGUCUACAGCAGAUCUUGAGUGUCCUCGACGACCCGAACGCUGUCCGAUGGAGUGCUGUGGCGUUUGCAGCUCUGAUGGUGGUCGGGAAAUUCGGAACCGCGCUCAUCCUUGUGCAGCAGUUCAACAUAAGCUCUUCCGCAUACGUCGGACCUCGAAUUAACGCGCACACAUCGUUCCUACUGUACCAAAAAUUGUUGACCCGGAAUCUCUUCGCCUCGCAUGAGAAGAAGGAGGGGGAGAAAUCGGUGCAUACCAAGGCCGAUAUCUUGAAUCUCAUCUCCUCUGAUGCCUCUUCCGUCCAGCGCAUCGGAUGGACAUUCACAGGUCUUUUCCGCUCUCUCGUGGAGAUGUGCUUGGGGUGCUCUUACGUCUGGCUUCUUCUCGGUCCCUCGGGUCUUUGGGGUCUUGCGACAUUGAUCAUCACCUGUCCCCCAGCCUACCUUCUGACCAAGUGGGAGUAUGCCAUCUUUGAAGAGAGGCUCGCGGUCCGGGAUGAGAGGGUUUCCCUCAUGCAAGAAGCUGUUCAAGCAAUCUCAAUGAUCAAAAUGAUGGCGACCGAGAGAUUCUGGUACAAGAGAAUCAACCGUGUGCGAGAGAGAGAGUUCAAAAAGUUGGUUCAGGCCCAACUCCUCGGCUACCUAUCUGGUCUCCUCUAUUCUGCUGCUCCCACAGUAAUUAUCCUCGUUUCCUUCGCUCAUUACACUCUCGUUGCAAAGAAGGAGCUCACAGCAACCAUCGCUUUUACCUCGAUUGCUGUCUUCAACGAACUUCGACCUGCGCUUUUGGAUCUUCCCUCGAGUAUCGCAGAGCUUCUGCAGGAGAUCCUGGGCGCUCGAAGAAUUGCCACUUUCCUUUCGGCUCCUGACGUCGAAUACUUCGACAACGACACGGCCUCCUCCCCAGAGCAUGACUCUACCGGCGAUGACGGACCCCUGUAUGUGGUCGGUACUAUUGGAUGGGACGUACCCAAGAUCUACAUGCCUUCUUCUUUCUCCUCAUCUCCGGCCGGCCGUAACGCAACAGGGGUCGAGACAGCAGACGAAGACAAGUCUGGGUUCAAACUGUUGGAUCUCAACGUCGAGUUCCCUCGUGGACAAUUGACACUUGUGGCCGGCAAAUUUGGUUCAGGAAAAUCACUUUUGCUACUUGCUCUUCUAGGCGAGGCACGACUGAUCGAGGGAAAGAUAUCGUACACUAUCUCUCCCAUCAUGGACCCCUCGAUCGGCAGCGGAACUGACUGGAGUCUGAUACGAAAGGGUGUAGCUUACGUUCCCCAGGCACCAUGGUUGUUGAGCCAAAGUAUCAGAGACAACAUCACCUUCGGCCUUCCCUUCGACAUUGAACGCUACAAAUCUGUUUGCUUUGCCACAGGUCUUAUGCCUGAUCUCGAGCUUCUCGAAGACGCCGACCUCACGGAGAUUGGAGAACGGGGAAAGCUUCUUUCAGGAGGUCAAAAGGCUCGUGUUUCGCUCGCCCGUGCUGUCUACUCCCGAGCCUCUGUCUUGCUCUUGGACGACGUUGUCUCGGCUGUGGAUGCCCAGACGAGCCAGCAUAUCAUCAAGCACUGUUUUGACUCACAGCUCAUGGAAGGCCGAACUGUUAUUCUGGCAUCACAUGCUGUUGAGUCGCUGGCUCCCCUGGCCAAACACGCCAUCUAUCUUGAUGACGGGAAAUGCCUUUGGCAGGGAACUGGAAGGGAGUUGCUCGAUAGCCAGCAUAUGACGCAUCUCAAAACAGAGUCUAGGAUGCCUAGCAGGCUGCCGAGUCGGCUGCCCAGCACCGAUAAUCUGAAGACCGAAGGGACCACGUCCGUCAGCCCUAGAAGCAAGGCUGACCUUAAAAAACCCGACAAUAUCGAUAUUGCUGCCCAGAAGGAAAGCUUCGAGAUCCGAGAAACCAUACCGAAAACCCCCAAGCAGCUUGUGCUGGAAGAAGAAAGAGCUUCUGGGGCUGUCGAUCUUGUCCACUGGAAGAACCUUCUCAAGUUCAAUGGAAACAAAGUCUACUGGUUUGGGGCUGUGAUCCUGAUGCUGGUAUCAGUCUCGAUGCCCGUUGCUGAGAGAACCAUACUUUCGGGAUGGACCGGAGAAGAUGGCGAAUCAUCGAUCAGGCAUUCUGUCGGGUUCUGGAUUAUCCUUUACGCUACCGUGUCACUCGCCCGAGUACUUCUUGACACCACCUACAGCAUCUACAGUUUCUGGGGUAAUAUGCGUGCGAUGAGGAUUGUGCACGGCCAAAUGCUGGAAUCCAUACUUCACGCCAAGAUGCUCUUUUUCACUAAGACUAGAGCGGGAUCGAUCAUCCAGCGCUUCGGAAAAGACCUUAAUGAUAUCCUUGAUUGUUCAAACCUGCUCACUGAAAUAACCUCAGGCGGGUUGAACAUCGUGAUCAGUCUUGUCUCCGUGUCUUAUUUCGGGGGCUGGUCGUUCGCGCUGGUCACACUUAUCCUGAUAGCAGCCACUUAUACACCGGCCAAAUGGUAUCGUGCCUCGUCGCGACAGGUCCGGCGAUUGCAGUCUGUUCUUGGGGGUCCCAUCAAUGCUCUCUAUGGCGAGACUGUGGCUGGAACGACCGUCAUCCGAGCUUUCGGUGCCCAAUCCGUUUUCCUGGAUGACUUGAUGAGAUGGACCAACAUGAAGAUCACGGCCACCAUCUGGACCAUUGCUAUCGCCCGUUGGCUCUUUUUGAGCUUAAGGAUCGUAUCUCUCGUGAUAGAGGUCACGGCUCUCGUAUUGCUCCUCUCUCAAGCGUCUACUACGGGGGCCGUGGCUGGCUUUGUCCUUACAUUCGCCGGUACCAUCUCCUCCAACAUGAAUUGGAUUUUGAUCCACGUCCGCAACUUCGAGCUGAAGGGGGUCAGUCUUGAACGGACCUCCGAAUACCGCACUCUUCCACGAGAGGACGGUACUGAGCUUCGAGCGGAUGACGCGAAGUAUACUGCUGAUGGAGACAACUCUGUCGACGAAUCUGAAUUGAGUGCGGGAAGUUGGCCUGAGCACGGUCAACUGAACGUUGACGGUCUAUGUGCCAGAUAUGAACCUGACAUGCCUGAGAUCCUGCAUGAUGUGACGUUCAACGUUGACGGCGGCGAAAGAGUUGGGAUCGUCGGUGCCACUGGUGGAGGAAAGUCCACUCUGGCAAAAGCCUUCUUCUCCUUCUGUGAUAUCACAAAAGGAAAGAUUGAAAUCGACGGGAAGGACAUUGCACAAAUACCGCUCGGGGCAGUUCGAUCCAAGCUCGGUAUCAUCGCUCAAGACCCCAUUCUUCUUUCGGGAACAUUGCGACUCAACCUUGACAUCGAAGGGAAAUACUCGGACGAGGAGCUCUACCACGCGCUUCACCAAGUGCAACUUCUCAAAUCGUCUCCGUCAUAUCCUGACCUACUUGUGGACGAUACAACCGAAGUCGGGCCAUCUUCCCAUGACACGACUCGCUCCUCGCGCGACCAGCAAGACAAUAUCUUUUCCAAUCUGGAAUCCGAGAUCAAGGGCGGCGGCGAGGAUUUGUCGACUGGUCAAAAGCAACUGGUCGUCCUCGCUCGAGCCCUGUUGAAGAAGCAUCGCGUUCUGAUCUUGGACGAGGCUACUGCUUCUAUCGACUCUGCUACCGAUGCUGAAAUUAGCCGAGUCGUCCACGAGGAAUUCACAAAUGCAACUGUUCUUAUUAUUGCUCAUCGUCUCCGGACUAUCAUGCCUUGCUCAAAAAUCCUAGUUAUGGACAAAGGUAAUCUCAUUCAGCAAGGUUCUCCCUUCGAGUUGAUCGGACAAGAAGGUCGUUUCCAAGAUCUUUGUAAAGCCGCGGGGCCAGAGGAGUACGAGCACUUGAUUGGACUAGCUGAGCAGAAUGAGCAGACGAAAGUGCUCAAGGGGAAUGUCGAUCUGCUUGGUAUGCCCGGCUCGCCAUUGCCGCCUACAUGACUAGAGUCGUGGAUGGGCGACACUAGCCCAAUCAACACUUGCUUGACCCUGUAGUGAGGAGUAGGAACCUGUAUGCACAUACAAUUUUCAUAAUGGCCGGAAAUCGUUCCUGAUUUAUAUGACUGUCAACGGUUUGGAACAAACUCAAACGUAUCUUGUUCCUCGCCCGAGCUGGGCAUUGACCCAGUACGGAGAACGCUCACGUUGGUCUGAGGCAUUGACCUCACUCAGCGGGCGCCCCAGGAAAACGAAAGCGCCAGAGAACCGUGUGAUUCGAUCUCCCGCUAGCAUAUGAUCUGGCAGACUUGUCGUGGAUGACGGUCGUAAGACCAGGACAAGUCGCCUCGUCGGUGCGGGGAAGGGAACUCUGAUGAU